AUGCAAACUGCACCUCCACUGCAGUCCGGCUGGUUCAAGCUCUUCUCCUCAUUCCAUAAAAAGGCAUGCAGAGCGGUGCGAGUAGGUUCCUCCGCCUGGCAGUUCAGCCUCUCCGUCCCCCCUGCCGCCUUCGCCACCCCUGCUUUCCUCCUCGCCUCCCCAACCCUCUCCUCCCUGCCGCCUCCCUGGCUGCCUCCCACUCCCAGCGCUGCCUCCGCUGCUGCAGCUGCUGCUGCUGCUGCUGGUGCUGAUGCUGGGCUGAUAUUUUCAGAGAGAGGGGGGCGGAAUGAGAGGAGGAGGGUGGUGGAGGAGGAACAAGGAGGGAAAGCAGGCGAAGGAGGGUCUGAAGUAGGCUCAGGCGCAGGAGCAGGACGAGGUAAUGUUAAUGCUGACAGUGGCGGCGGCGGUGGUGGUGGUGGUGGUGGUAGUGCUGCAGCUGCUACUACUACUGGAACUGAUGAUGCUUCUGUCGAGGAGGCAUCAACUGACAGUGUUUCUUUGUACAAUAGCUCUCACGACCACGCAGCAGCGGCGGCGGCGACAGCAGCAGCAGCAGUGCUGGCAGGCUCCCUUGCGAGCACAGGCAGCACGCGGUGCUGUGUGUGCCUGGAUUCCAUCUGCUUGUUUGACUCCGCAGCUGUGGUCUUCUUCUGCCGCCACUCCUACCACCGCUCAUGCCUCCUCCAUUCCGCCACUGCCGCUGCCGCCGCCGCCACUGGUGCCGCAGGUGGUGGUGCUGCUGGGGCUUCAGAAGGAAUAAGUGCUGCCACUGCAGGUUCACCCUGGGCGUUCUCUUCUCCUGCUGCUGGUGGGACCUCUAACAGCUACCUCCCUUCUCAUUUCCUUUCCUUGUUGCCACCUGCUCAACGUCCUUCCUCGCAAGAGAUUUCUCCUCGUAUGACAGAAGCAGCAACUGAGAGAGCAUCUGCAACCACUCUCGUACCUCCUGCCACCACCGCCUUCUCACCUGCUGCUGUGACUGCCUCUGCUUCCACCAGUGCAGCUGUCGCCGCAGCUUCACAGUCUGACCUGUCAUGUCUUGAUUCUGAGCUGUUUCCCGCCACACAUGACGUGGCUUGUGCUGUGUCUGACGUGUCUUGGUCUGACUCCCCUAUCAUGGAACGAGUAAGGGCAGUGCUGGAGGGGCAGAGUGGAAGGGCAGAGGAAGGUGGGGGGUUUCUGGGAAUGGGCAGGGGGGGCAGGAGGGGAAGAAGGCGGCAGCAGAGAGCUAUGCGGUUCAGUGGAUCCUUUGCCUCUUCUGCUGCUGCUGACUCCGGUGCUGAUUCUGAUGCUCCAUCCAGCCAAGGAGGUACACCAGGAGAAGGAAUGCAAGGAGGGGGGCGCAGGGGAGGAUCAGGAUUCGGAGGAAAAGCAGGAGAAGCAAGGGGAGGAGGAGAGGCUAUCCGGGGUCGGAAUGCUUCUCCUGCCACACCUCCUGGUGCCUCCCAUGCCGCCCGCCCCAGCGACCCUGGGGAUCUGCGCCUGCUGUCCUACUGGCAGCGAGAAUCAACCCCCAUGGUGGCAGAGUCGAGUGAAAGUCAUUUCACGGGGAGAGAUGAGCAGCAGCAGUCACACAAAGGGGCCUCUGGAAGGGUGGAUUCUGAUUCUGAUGAGUGUGGGCCAGGAGGGGGCGAGGCUGGAGAGGGCUGGGAUGAGGCGAGGCAGGUCGGGGAAGAGAGGUAUGGGAGGGGCAGUGGAGCGAGAGAGGGAGUGGGCGGGAUCAGGGAGGUCGGGAGUGGGUCUGGGUUGUAUGGAUCAUGUGAAACUGGGGGAGGGACUGGGGGUGAUGGCCACAGUGGUGGUCGUGCUGGUGGUGAUGGUGCUGGUGCCAGUGGUGAUGAUGUUGGUGGUGCUGGUGAUACAGUGGUAUCAAUACAAGACGUGGAGACAGCACAAGGACAGGUGUCACCACCGCAGGCGCCUCCUGAUCUACAAACACAAGGGAAAGCGGGUGCAAUGGAAGGUUCGGGUAACGACAAGCAGCCACAGGCUGUUGUGGGAGAAUUAAGAGGUGUGGUGUUGCAAGGGGCGGUGAGGGCAGGGGGGGGUGUUGGCUGGGAACGGAGAGUAAAUGGAUUGAUGUUGAGAUGUGUUAUGUGUGUUGGUGCUGCUGGAGCUACUGGUGCUAUGGGACAGGAUGGUAAAGCAGCAGGGAUCGACAAGAAGUUGUCAAGAAGCGUGGAGCAAGAGGUGGUUGAUGCUCUCGCUGCCUCGCCCAUGGAGCUAGCAGCCUCGCCUGUCGGCCCUCUCUCCACCUCUCAAAGUCGCAAGACCCUCGUCUAUCUCAUCCUCACACUCAACCACGUUUACCCUGACUACGACUUCAGCACGCUGCGGUCACACCACUUCAGCAAGGAGAGCGGCCCAGGGGCAGUCAAGGACCCCAUAGACCAGCUGCUACGCGAAGCAGCCAAGCUAUGGGAGGAGGAGAUGGGCAGUGACGUGCCAUUUGCUGACGCCCUUUGGUCCUCAAUAGACGAUGUGAUACAGCUGAGUGAGUGCGAUGUGUACAGUUACCAGCCAGACGUUGACACUGACAUAUUCACUGACAGCAACAGCAUAUGGUCCUUCAACUACUUUUUCUACAACCGCAAGCUCAAGCGAGUGCUAUACUUCACCUGUCGCUGUCGCAGCAAGGUGGGAGCAGAGGAUUCAUCAUCUGAGGAAGGGGAGAGUGUUGAGGAUUAUGCUGACAUGGCAGCCGACAUGGACCUCUAA